AUGGCUUCAAUUCAGCCCGCUUCAAGGCCACCACCCCUGUUCGCCAAAUUACUACGAUUGGACAACCCAAUUCGAAGCUUGACACUAGCCUUCUGGUCAUGGAAGGUCUUGUUGUAUAUUGUUGUUGCGUGUUCUCCAGGAUCAGGCUACGACACUUCCACAUCUUUAAUCUCAUAUGCCGCUGAUUCUACAGCGGUCGCCAGCCAGUCUGAGUCUCUCUCGGGACCUCUCAAAUUUGCCAGAUGGGACAGCAUCUACUUCCUAGAUAUUGCGGAAAAGGGAUACGUAUUUGAGCAAGAGUGGGCCUUUAGCUGGGGCUACUCCAAACUUCUCUCUCUUUUUGUUUCCGGUAUUCGCCUCUCUGGCGGACAUGCUGGGCAAGCUAGCACUGCAGUGGUGGGCGUAGUUCUCUCUCAUGUAGCUCAUUACCUGUCUGUGCUGGCGCUCUAUCGUCUGUCGGCCAAUAUCUUUGGUCAUGCGACGGCCACUCAACAUCUCAUUUGUUUUCUGUCUGCGGCACUUCACAUCAUUUCGCCAGCGGGUGCCUUUCUAUCCGCGCCCUAUGGAGAGUCGAUAGUCUCUUUCUUCAACAUCACUGGCUUUUACCUUUACUCAUCGUCCCUCAUUGCCGAGCGCAACGGGGCAACGCGUCUGAGGGAUGUCAGGGUCCUCACAUGUGCCGUGCUCUUUGCAGCUGCCACUAUGGUCCGCAGUAACGGGAUCCUCAGUGGGUUCCUGUUUGCAUACGAUGCGGUGGUUUUGGCUUGGAAGACCUUGACUCAAGGACCGACACUACACACCACCGUACGUCUUGCGGUGAUCAUUCUCGGUGGCUGCAUUGUGGGAUCUGGGAUGAUGAUUCCCCAGGUCUUGGCCUAUCGCGCGUACUGCAUGUCCGAGAGCGACGCUCGGCCAUGGUGUGAGUGGACCUUGCCUAGCAUCUAUAGCUGGGUUCAAACUCAUUAUUGGGAUGUUGGUUUCCUGCGAUAUUGGACCGUCUCCAAUAUACCUCUUUUCCUACUGGCGGCGCCGAUGUUGGCAGUUCUGUGCAAAUCUAGCUUGUGGGCAUUCCAGAGUCCCUCUUCCUCAUCGACCAGUCCCGGAUCAAUGCUCACUCGACUGGCGGUUCCCCAAGGUUUGCUGGCAGUGAUGGCAGUCACAAGCUAUCAUGUCCAGAUCAUCAACCGCAUCUCGUCAGCUUAUCCUUUGUGGUAUUGGUACCUGGUAACCAGCGCCGUGGAUCUCAGUUCAAGCUCCCCCAAGCAAAGCCGAAUCCUCGUAGCCGCUGUGUAUAGCAUGGUGGCCUAUGCGUUGAUCCAAGGUGUUCUUUUUGGUUCUUUCCUGCCUCCAGCAUGA